CCUGGUUUUCGACAAAUUUCGUCGCCAUGUCAUAAUUUAAAAAAAUAAUAAUUCGAGGGAACGAAAUGUGAGUGUUGACAAUUUUUGUGCGGUUUGUUUAUGGGUUACAGUUUGUGCGACGCACACUGGUGCCAAAGGUUCCAGGGUUUUUCAAAAUAAAAGUUUUUUAGUCGUCGGAGCAAUUGUCGCAACCUUGUAAUUAUUACUAAAGUUGUCAAGCAACCUUGGACGCUUCUAAUUACACAAACUUUUAUAGCACGAUUGCUUGACUUUUGGUGUCUUAGGAACGCUAGCAUUGAAUUACCAGAAUUACCGUUACUAAAACCAAGCUAAAUUAGUAUUUAGGACCUUGGAGUUCAUUCCUAUUUCGAAAAUCAAUGAGAAUGUGAGAUUCGGACGAUUAGUACAGAAUGUCAUAUUCACUUGCUCCAUCGACACUCCACGAUCCAGGAAAUCCCACCCCUUGGAUUGCACCUUAUGAAACAUUGGAAAAGCAAGUCCCCAAAGAGAGCACAACCACUCAGGAAGAAUUAGUGAAACAAUUAAUUUACGAUGAUCCAGUUUCUCUUUCAAAGUAUUCAAUUCAUGAACAAAAGGUAGCCGUCUCAAAAUCCAAGCUGAAAGUUCCCCUCGGUCUAGAGGCUUUGCAUUUAGCAAAUAGCAAUCUCUUGAUACUGCGACGACCGGAAAAUGCCAUACGUAACAAGGAUAGAUCCGGUCGACCGUUUAUUGGCAUUCGCCCAGUACGACAUUGUUAACGAGGACGGGUGUCAAAUGUACAUCGCUGUGGAGAACACGACCUCCAAAGCGUUAAAGUGGACAAGAGACGCUCGCAUGUUCAACGUCACCAUGUACGAUCACAAGUGUAACAAGGUUUUGCAAAUUACACGAUCAUGUUCCCCAGGCUUCUGUUGUGCACAGUAUUGCUGUGGUUUUUGCAUAUUUGGAUUCAAAGGGUGUGGAAAUUAUGUGACUGUAACGCUUUGUGAGACUGGCCGAUUUUUGGGCCGAAUUGAACAAGAGUUUUCAUGGGAUGAGACCGUCCUCAAGAUUUUUGAUGAAAUCGGCAAAAAUGUCAUGAUCGUGACUGGAAAGUUGGUGGACGGAGUAUUUGACGUAGCUUUUCCCGAAGAUGAAGACGAACCUAUCGCCAUGAUUGAAACUUUAAUGAACGCCCAAGAAGUCUCUGCCUUUUACAAUAUUCAAAUAUCCGGUUACGAGGACCCCUACGGACUUACCUUGCUGUCCAUGACCUUGUCCCCAAAGUAUAAAGCGUUGAUUAUAUCUGCCAUAAUUUUAAUGGACUACAUGUUUUUAAAACCCACGACGGAUUUUCCCCACUGGACGCAAUUUAUUCCGUACGACUUCAAACCAGAGGACCAAACGAGGGACAAAACAUUCAGCGACGGGAGCAAGGAAAUUAUCGUGACGAGUAUGAAACCGAGACAUAAUUGGAUCAAUAUUUUACGUCAGGAGAGAAGAUGUGGGUGUUGCCGAUGGUUCUUCGGCUUCAUUUGUCUCUGUUGUCCGCUUGGUUUUGUGCGAAAUGGGCUGAGAUGUGUGCUUCUUAUCCUCGUUAUCAGUGUAAUUGUAGCAGGCCUGGUAUUCGUAGUUGUGUUUUUUACUAGAAAAUAAUAAACCAACUUGAGAAUUGAAUGGUAUUUGUG